CCCACCGUUCUUAUCGAGGAGCCGGUGUGAAAGAGAAACAGAGGAGAAAGAGAGAGAGGGAGGCUGUCACAGCGAGCGGAGGAGACUCUCCACAACUUGUUCGCAUGUAACCGGCGGCUGAGCAGCGGAAGAAAUCAUUAUUAUUACGCGGACUUACAAAUGCCAUUAAUCCCGUGACCGGCGACCGGAAUGGAAAUACGCGAGCCGGCGGUGAGAAGAAGUAGUUUGAUCCGGGUGGUUGUGUGAGCGCUGCAGGCUGUGAGAAGAAACUCAUGGCACAUGUCAGUGGAUGAUGUGGGCUGUUCUUCACAACUCAUCAUGGAUAUCAACUGUGGGCCAGUCCCCCGUCCUGAAACCUCCUGUCUGGCCAGCUCCCGCUCCAUAACGCCUCCCUGCGUCUGAGCUGUUGACACCAUGACGCAGAUGGACUACAAAUACAGCCUGCUGGGCUCCACAGUGGACGACUACCGCAAGAGGCCCCUGCUCCUGCAGGUGGAUGACACGCCCAUGAACCUGUUUGCCGUUCUGGAGGUGAAACGGGAGCUGCCGAGGCGCUGGUCCACCCUGGGCUGCUUCCGCAAGAUCCGGCUCUACACCUUCCUGUUUGGCCUGGCCGUCAUGUUCCUCAUCAUGGCUUCUUACAUUCUGACCGGUGACAAGAAAGGCUUACUCCUCACACCUUCGCCCUACCACUUCAGCAGCCUGGUCAGUCCGGGACCUUUUGCCUUCAACCUCUCAUCAGUCAAGGACUACGCACAUAUCAAACUGGUGGUCAAGUCCAUCACGUCCAAGGUGGAGUUUCGAAGCAGUCGGCAGCUCCCGGAGCUCAAGGCACUAGUUAACAGCGAGCCACAUAUGUUUUCUGUCAUCCCCCGCAAAUUCCUGCCCACUGUCAAGAACCCCUGCUGGUACGAGGAAUACACUGGGAAUAUCACUUCAGACCCGUACAGGACAAACUUGUAUGCACGCUACUCGAGGCGCUUCCGGACGGUGUUUCAGCACUUGAGGAACACUUUCCGAGAACACUUGUUUCACCGCGACGGGAGGCUCUACCGCAUGCGAUGCCUUCCUUAUUUCUAUAUCAUUGGCCAACCAAAGUGUGGCACGACAGACCUGUAUGACAGACUGAGGCUGCACCCUGAUGUCAAGUUCACUACUUUUAAAGAGCCACACUGGUGGACCCGCAAGAGGUUCGGUAUCAUCCGUCUGAGUGAGGGCUUCCACGAUCGAUACCCAGUGGAAGACUACCUGGACUUGUUCGAUCAGGCAGCUUACCAGAUCCAGGGCAACCUCACAGCAAACGCCAGCGGAAGCCCCAACCAACCGAACAUCAUCAUAGGAGAAGCCAGCGCGUCCACCAUGUGGGAUAACAACGCCUGGGUGUAUUUCUAUGACAACACCACAGAGGGAGAGCCUCCCUACCUCAUCCAGGACUUCGUCCACGCCCUGCAGCCCGACGCCCGCUUCAUCGUCAUGCUCAGGGACCCGGUAGAAAGGCUCUACUCCGACUACCUUUACUUCGGUAUUGCCAAUAAGUCUGCAGAGGAUUUCCACGAGAAGGUGUCGGAGUCGCUGCAGUUAUUCGAGGGGUGCCUUACGGAGUACACAAUGCGCUCCUGUGUGUACAACACCACUGUCAACAACGCCAUGCCCGUCAGAUUGCAAGUUGGCGUGUACAUUGUGUACUUAAUGGACUGGCUGACCGUCUUCAGCAGGGAACAGAUUCUGGUCCUGAGGUUGGAAGACCAUGCCUCUAAUAGGAAAUACACAAUGCACAAAGUCUUUGAUUUCCUCAACCUGGGGCCGCUGACAAAAGAGAAAGAGUCGGAGAUCACAAGGAGCCCGGCGUCAAACACGAGGAGGCCGGCUGACAAAAACCUGGGGCCCAUGCUGCCCAUCACUAAGGAGAUCCUGCGGGAUUUCUACACGCCGUUUAACGAGAAACUGGCCAAAGUGCUGCGGAAUGACUCCUUCCUCUGGGAGAACAGCUCCAGACUCUGAACAUCCCACCUCCUCCUUUUACUUCAGUUACAAAAAAAAGAAAAGAAAAAGGAAACCACUGAUGCGUCAGCCAGCUCCUUUCGUUUGAGCUUCAUCUCUCUCAAGUGCCCAUGGAAAUCAAUGUCUCUCUUUUUUUUUUUAAAUCUAAAUUAUUUUUUAAGUUAUAAAAGCAGAGAUGAAUGAAAGAUAGAAAAAUAGCACAAGGGGAGUGUGGGGAUUUUGUGGUGUGUGUGUGUGUGUGUGUGUGUGUGUGUGUGUGUGUGUGUGUGUGUGUGUGUGUGUGUGUGUGUGUGUGUUUGAGAGAGAGAGAGUGAGUGAGUGAAUACAUGAGAGAAAGAUGUCGGCAGGUCUUGAUUGUUUUUUUCUUUGUGUGUGUGAACAGAUGUACAAUAUUAAAAUAGUGAAUUCAAAGCUGUUAAAGCAGA